CUAUUGCUGCACUGAAAGAAGAGGCGGAGGAGGGCGGGAAUGGCAGUCACAGUGGUGCGAUGCAAUGCGAUCCUUUGAAGCUCGUGCUGGAUUCGGACCACACGCACAUGCACGUUGAUUUGGAGACUGCUUCUCCGCAGCACCACACAAGGUGCUAUCUCAGCGCAUCCACGAUCAAAGGCCAUGGAUUCAAGACGAAUCAAAAGGUAUUGAUCGUGCUUGGUCGAUCGGGCGAGGAGGGCAAGAUGAAUGGGAGUGGGACGCUAACAAAGGGCAAGAUGUUCUUCAUCAAGCACGUAUGGCCUUUGAAUGGUUUUCCUUCCGACGCUGUCUAUCUUCCGCGGUAUCAUGGCUGGCAGGAACGAGAAUCGCAGGUGCUGCUGGAGGGACACGGCAAGAAGGCCUGCGAGCAGAGGUCGUGAGCAGGAGCGAAGCGCAGAUACAUCGUCUCCACAAGGAAGAAAAGGUUCUUUUGAAUGCCCUUCUGAACAUGCGACUUGAGCACCAAAACCUAGUUCUCCCUGAUCAAGAGGAAGAAUUUUCAAUCGGUCAUGCGCGAUUUGUUGUUCGCCUCAAAUUCGACGACCCAACCGGAGAGCGGGAAGAGGUGGUGGGAGGCACGAGCAGUCAACCUAGGACAUCUCAGGCGAAAGACGUCCAUCCGCUCACCUCCUCAAUCCGGAGGGUCGAUUCACAAACUCGGUACCGAAUAUGCAUUCCUCCAGCUGACUCGGCACGCGUCAGCUCAGACGUUCCAGCACGACGGCAGGCUGCGUCGAUUAGUGGGGCCGAGGAAGCGAGUGCAAGCUCGAAAAAGGCGUACGAAGGACUUGGAGGGCUGGACGCUCCCAUCGAAGAUCUCAGAAAGCUCGUGGAAAUGCCUCUUCUGAGACCUGAUGUCUUCCGAACUUAUGGACUUCGACCGCCGAGCGGUGUGCUGCUUUAUGGUCCACCCGGCACAGGCAAGACAUCCCUAGCCUCAGCGUGCGCGCAAUCUUUAGGUCUGUCUUCAAGUUCCAUAAUCCACCUCUCUGGUCCCUCGCUUUCGAGCAGUCUGCACGGUCGCACUGAAUCUCGGCUUCGCAAAGUAUUUUCGACCGCGAAGAAGCGCGCUCCGUCGGUGAUUAUCAUCGACGAAAUUGACGCCUUGGCUCCUAGAAGGGAAGCAGGCGCGGGUAACGAUGCAGCUGGCGAGGUGGAGAGGCGAGUUGUUGCAACCCUGCUCACGCUCAUGGACGGGCUUGGGAAAGAGGAGGACGAGGGAAAUGUCAUUGUCAUCGCAGCGACCAAUCGACCUAAUGCCCUCGAUCCUGCGCUGAGAAGACCUGGAAGGUUAGAUCGAGAGAUAGAGAUUGGCGUUCCUACACCAUCAUCGAGAUUGUCAAUCCUGAAGGUCUUGUUGCGUCACGUGCCUCAUGCGCUGAGCGACGAAGAGAUCUCUCGGCUCGCACAAACCACGCAUGGCUUCGUCGGAGCUGAUCUGGCAAGCUUAGUCAGGGAAGCCGGAAUGUUGGCUGUCCAGCGUCAGCUCGUGUCGACGUCAUCUUCUACUUUCAAAGAGGCACCCAAAUCUAUCGAUAGUGCCACAGACUCUCUGCGCGCUUUGACGCUGGCUACCUCGACCAUCUCAGAGCACGAGAGUGAGGUGCUCCCUAAAGUUGAUGCGAGUGGAGUGCUGGACUGGCGCGACUUUACCAGUGCCAAGCUUCACGUCAGACCGUCGGCUCUGCGAGAAGUGAUUCAGACUCUGCCUACGGUUUCCUGGAGUGAUAUAGGCGUGGGCUCUCCCGACUCCGACUCUUAUCGAAUUCGCAAGGAGAUAAGAGAGGUGGUAGAGUGGCCCAUCAAAAGAAGUAAACAACUCAAGAGGAUGGGCGUCAGACCUCCCAAGGGAGCUUUACUUUAUGGUCCGCCCGGGUGCUCAAAAACUCUGAUUGCUAGAGCACUGGCGACGGAAAGUGGAAUCAAUUUCGUGGCUGUCAAGGGCAACGAGCUGUACAACAAGUUCGUCGGCGAAUCCGAAAGAGCUCUGAGGGAAGUAUUCGCACGGGCAAGAGCUGCUUCGCCGUCCAUUAUCUUCUUUGACGAGCUCGACGCUCUUUGUUCUACUCGAGGCGACCAAGGAGGGGCAGUUUCGGAUGGGGUCAUCGCGACAUUGCUGACCGAGAUGGAUGGCGUAGAUUCCCUCGAUGGCGUGGUCGUCAUCGCCGCCACGAAUCGACCUCAAGCCAUUGAUCCAGCCAUCCUGCGACCCGGAAGACUCGAUCGAUUACUCUACGUCGGUCCACCAGAUGAAGACACGCGUCUGCAGAUUCUGCGGAUACGCACGCGCUCAAUGCCACUCGGGGACAAGGUGGACUUGCUAGCUAUCGCUCGAGCUACUUCUGGGCAUUCCGGGGCGGAAAUGGUGGCUAUAUGCCAAGAUGCCGGUAUGGUAGCUCUAGACGAAGACAUGGACAUUGAGCACGUGCAUCAGAGACAUUUCGAGAGCGCCAUCCGUAGCACCAAGAAGAGAAUCUCAUUGGAGAUGAUCAGGGGUUUGGAAAAGUGGCGGGACCAGGUAGGAGUCUGAAUAUUUAGGGACUCGGCUGUCGCACGACCUUAGCUGUGUGGCACCGUUGUUCCAGAGGUACUUCCUCAUUCGGAGGGCACUUAGCUCUCAUGUUCCAGGCAGCUAGAACGCGCGACCAAUCAAAGAAACCGCAGAACCUGUCAUCAUCAGCUCGUGUCACUGUAAGCAUUCUCUCAGCACGCUCGUCGACCGCCAAUCCAUCU